AUGAAGGCAGCAACUCGAAGUGUUCUGGUGAAUUUACCUUUACCCAGAUUACCGAUACUAAGUGCCGUUAAAGACUCUCCUUUCAAGGAUUUAUCGAAAGACAUCAGGAACCAAGUUAAAAUCAAUGUACCUGGUACUUCGGCAUUCCAAUGCGAUAUCGAGGGGGUGGAUGUAGAUACAAUUGUGGGAUGUUAUUUCGUGGUUAAGAAAAAUUCUGAAGAAAUCG